GUCUCUCCACCAAUGUCAGCGACUCACAACAUGUGGACAAUCACAAGCACACUCCUGCUAACAUGCUGCCUCCAUGCAGCUCUCGCUCAAACCCAGGGUCACGACGAUGAUGAACCAGGAGACAGGAGGAACGUUUGGGAAGAUGUGGUUGAGUUUCUUACCAAAGGUACCAAAGAUGAAUGCUACAUGAGUGUGACAGGACAAAGGGAUCUGACUAAGCUCCGCAUCAUUUGCCAAGGCCUGGAACGUUCGUACUGGUGCGAGUACCAGGGCAAGCCUCAUGUCUGCCGCUCUUACAACAAAAAUCCAGUACAUUAUUACAGGCAGAUCAUGUGGGACCUCCGCAAGCUACCGCACGCUUGCCAGGGAGGACGCGUCUUUAAGCCACUCAUGUGCAAGAGAGCAUCCGACGAGGCUCAGAUGGUCUUCAAAUCUGCAUCCUCAGCAGACGCCGUGCCAAUGGACAGGCCCUACAGACCAGCCCCUAUCAGAACCGAGCCGAUGAGGCCACAACAAAGACGACGAGAGCAGAGGCCAAAGCCUACUAGACCACAAUUAGGUCAGGACCAACUGAAUCAACGCAACUCUGACAAAACCACCAUUCAGAGGGAAAUUAUUACACCUACACCAACUGUGCCACAACCAACCACACAGGUACCCAUGAGUGAGGCCAAGAAACUUGCUCAGGACUACUGCUGGCGCUCCUUUAAUGGUGUGUGUUCCUGGGUCAUAGGGUGGUUCAGAAACUAAGGACAAGUCAUUCACAUUUCCGCAGACAACAAACCAUGAAGGUUUCGGACUGACAGAGACAAAUGGAGGUGUGUGUUAAGACAGGGAUUUGGAAACAUGAAGGGUAAACCUUUCUCUACAAUAUAUUCCUAUGUAUUUCAAAUGUAAAUACUCUAAUGUACAAUGUAUCAGACUAGACGAGAUUGCAAAGCUAGUUAGCAAUGAAUUUAGCUGUUGAGCAUAAUGCUGCCAACUGUGUUGUUUUCCAAUCCAUAAUCAACAUGAUGAGGAACUUAUCAUGUGUACUGUGUAUUAAUCCUUGCAAUGUUAUAUUUAUGAGUGCUGACCAAUUAUGGGUCAGCAUUUCACUUCAGACUGUAAUAUAUCGGUGAAAACUCAUAAUGUAUAUUGAUAUGUCUCUGUCUACUGCAGACUUAUUAUAGUGAUGUAGGUAAUACUCGUGUGUAUAAAUGUUUUUGUGUAUGUUUUGAAUAAAUUUUGGCUCUUUUUACCUUUUCUUUUUGUGUGGGAGUGAUUUUCUUGAGCGUGACAGCAGAAGGCGCUGUUGUGUUUGAAAGGCUUCAUCCCUGAGAAAGAUUGUUUAUGUAGGCCUAGGGCUGGAAGUAUUUAUUUCCCAUACAAAAUUUUAAUAGUAACCACAGUUUCCACCAAAAUGUUUUCUAAAAUUAUAUGAUAGGCUAUGUAUUUUUUAACACUGUUUAUUAUCGUUAUGAAAGCCUAUAUCAUUAUUUCAUGCUAGAUGUUGACUAAAACAUUAGGCCUAAUUAUAGCCUAUAGCCCAUGUCGGAGAAGAGGGCCGUUUCAAUAGUGCACG